UCGAUAUUUACUCGAUUAUUCGACGAGCUAUCACCUUCUUUGUGAGUGAAGUCUUUUCGUCUAACAAAUUAUUUUGAUUCACUAAAUACUAUCAUUGAAAAAAAUAAUUUUUCUGAAAUGAGAAGAGAGAAAGAAAUUAUUUCAUUAUUGUUGUUAUUUCUUAUAAAUCUUGUACGUAGUGAUAUGUUUUGUAGUCUUGUAAAUCGAGAGGAUCCUUGUAUUAAUUUGUGCGAAAAAACACCAUUAUCUUUUACAAAUAGUAAAUAUGUUAAAUCAUGCUGUCAACGAGGUUGUAGAUUCUUUAAUUUAGUGGAUUUACAUUAUGGAUUAGAACCAAACAAUUUAAAUGGUACAAGGGAUGCUUGUGAAGCUUCAUGUACAGAAGCAUAUAUUGCUCCACAAGAUCGAUAUGCAUGUAGUACUGGUUGUGAUUUUAUGGCUAAACAACGUGUUUCAAAUUUAUUGUCACUCUUUUCUGUUGCUGUCUAUAUAGAAGAAGGUGUAGAUUCUAACUUAGUUAUAAUGUCACCUGAUAUACCUGAAAAUGAUAUUUUAAGUGAUCCAGGUUUGCGAAAGGAACUUCUUCCAAGGUGGUGGGAUUUUAAUGGAUUUAAAUUACCACAAACAUAUAUUAAAACUGUUCCAUUAGAUGCUGGGACAAUGGAUUAUGGAGUACCAUCAGACUACUCUGGAGAAAAUGACCAAUCAGCUUCAAUACCUGGAUCUGAUUGGCUUCAAUGUGCUUCAAAACAUAUUGGAUUACCACAUUGGCUUUUAGCUUCUGCUAUUGCAGCAGCAGCAUUGUCUGCAUUUUGGUUAUGUUUGUAUCCAGAAAAACUUACUGAUCCUUAUAAAGAAAUAUUAAUUGAAAAGUCUGAUAUUUCUCCAACAGUUGCAUUAUAUGUACCAGAAGCAUCAUUCCAUAAACAGCCUCCUCCAAAAUAUUUUGAUAAUGUUAAUUCAGCAGAAAUUAAUAUGAAAGUCUAGCUAAAUGUAUAUUAAUUCUAUCUAAUUUUUUUAACAAUUUUGAGAAAUAUUUAAAUUUCUGUAUAUUAAAACAGUUUUUAAUAAAUUCUUUAUAUUAUGUAUAAUAAGUCUUUAUGGAUUGCAAUGAUUAGCAACUGCACAUUCAAUUUUCAAUAAAACUAUUCAUAAAUGAAAAAUAAAGUUCUAAGAAUAUAUAUCUAAAAAUAAAAUUUUAAAAAUUAAUUGAAAUUUUGAAAUAAAAACAAAAAUCAAAAUAAAUAACAAAAUAUUUUCUGGAAAAAGUUUAUGGUGAUAUGAAGAAAUUAUUUUGUACAGAAUAACAUUGUUUUUUUAUAAUAGAAAAUAACAAUUUUUAUUUUUUUUUCAAUAGAUAGAAUAAUUGAAAUCAAUACUGAAAUAAAAUUUGCAAAAUAAAAAAAUGAUGCACAUGUAUAAGACUGCAAAUUAUGUACUUUAUUAGUAAAAAUUAAAAGCUUUUGCAUUUAUUAUAUAUUAAUAUAUUUUUGUACAUCAUGUAUGUACAAAUGUAAAACAAAAUUUAUUUAAAAUUAUGAUUUAAUUGUUUUAGUUUUAUUUUAUUAUUCUUACAUUGGUUAAAUAUUUUAAAUUUUAUUUUUAAUUCAAAAAAUAUUUUUGUUCAAAAAUAUUUGUAUAUUUAAUAUAUACAUAUAAUUUUUUACAUAAUUUAUGUUUAAUAUUAUAUUAAAAUGAAAUUUUCUAAUAUAAAAAUAAUAAAAAUUGAAGUAAAAAAGAAUAUAUUUGUAAAA